GUCAUUUGGGGUGCGUCGAGAAGCUCCUGGAACAUGGAGCUGAUGGUGAGAUGCGCAUGGCAGGAGGAUGGACGCCAGCUCACUGUGCUGCUGAACAUGGCAGCGCGGCAAUAUUGCAGGCUCUUGCUGAAAAUGGGAUUAGUGUAACAAAAAAGGACAACACUGGAGACACACCGAAACGAGUCGCACAGAUCUAUGGGCACAAGGGCUGUGUAAAAUUUUUUGAAAGAUUAGAAAAUAAAUUUAAAGAAGAAAAAGCAAAUGGGUCGGAAACUGAGGAUGAAAGCAGGACGACCACGCCCAUCUUCAACCUCGAUACGAUGAAGAGGCUCGAGACAGAAGCAGAUUCCCAAACGGGACAGUCAGCAAUGGAAGGAGAAACAAGUGAGGAGGAAAUUGAAAACAAUCACAACUCAAGGGUCACAUUUUUAUUGACAUGAAACAGAAGUGUGAUACAAUCUUCGUGCAUGGUAAUUCUGGGGACUAUAGUUUUGAAACCUCUCCUCAAGAAAACUCAAUUUGGAAACUUGGAAGAGAGAAAAA